AUGAAGGCCUUCGCUAUAUUCACCUUUGCAGUUACAGCCGCUUCUGCGGCUAUAAUUAAUUCUACCCAGAUCGUGGAGGUUCCCAGCGGUGCUCUUGAGAUCACCAUCGAUAGUGUUUCAUGGGGCUAUCUGCUUGAUACUACGGAAGGAGUCCGGACUUUCGACGUCUCUGGCACUGAGUAUGACCUGCAGCAGACCAUUGUAACCAGAGGCGGCGUCCAUACAAUCGCAGAAUUGAUUCAGAAAUGGGGCAAGCCCGCCGCAAAGCUUUUCCAGUGUAUCGGUGCUAAGGUUGUCAGUAAUUGUGCAAGCCAGUUCGUCUUGUGUGGCGCAAGCGGCGUUGCGCCUUGGGUUUGUGCAGGAGGUCUCACAUGUGCUGGUCCUCAUGCGGCGGAGUGUGUACAGCAGUUGAUAGGUUAA